AUGAAUGUCAACUUUCAGAAGUACUUCGUGAAAUAUGAAGACUCUACUAUUUCUGAUUCAGUUGCUUCUUCAGAACUGACUGGCAAUCGCGAAGAAGGCCCUCUGGACGAGCUCGAUUCAUUCGACGAAAAAACCGACGAGAUCCCCGUCGUCGCGCCAAACUCCUCUUCUACCGAUUUGAAGAGCUACUACCUUCUGUAUUUCAUGCUUUUCAUCUCGUGCUUCUUUUCGAACGGAUUCCUCACCGCUAUCGCAACUUAUGUCUCUAUGCCUUACGGAAGCCAAGCGUAUCACACCUCAGUAAUUCUACAGACUUUGGCAAAUCCGAUUGCUUGUAUUAUCGCACUGUUUCGACCGCUAUCGAGUGAAAGGGGCAUCAUUUUGUCUGUUGGUAUUUCUCUGGUCCUCGCUGGAUAUCAACUCUUCCUCGCCCUUGGUUCACCCUGUCCUGUUUUUGUGGAUACGACACUCGGUUCAACGCUGAUGAUCCUCAGUAACACCCUUUACAUGUUCUUCGUUACCUUGGCAAAAGUUUCGUUCGCUGAUGUACUGAGAAACAAAGCGACUUCGAGGCAUUUACUGUGGUACGGCUCCAUAACGCAGAUUGGGUCUUUCUGCGGCGCAGUAGUCUGCUACCCUCUCGUCAACAAUUUGCAAAUUUUCCAGCCUCGUUAUGAUUGCCAACCCUGCCCGGCAUAA